AUGAAAUCAUACUUCAUGCGUUGGAAGAAUUAUCGUCAGGAAGAUCAACCUGACGAUUCUUCUUCAGAGACAAAUGAACCCUUUCUAGACAAAGAAAAUGCACCUGCAAAAAGUGUGAUAGAAUACCAUAAUCGAAAUUUCGAAAAUCCUAUACCGAAAAUAGAUGAUGAAUGGGCAGGACCUCCUACUUCUGAGCGCAAUGCGAGAUGGGCAAAAUUGCAUUAUGUUGGUGAUACUGGUCUUACCAAAGAUGAAGCUUCUCAGCUACUCAAUAAAACUGCCGCCUCUCUUCCUGGUACCGAUGAUGAUUAUCCAAUUGUCUUGACUGUAUUCCAUGAUCUUCAUUGUCUGGUGCGUAUUUUCUACCUUUUUAACAAAACAUUCCUAACCUGUAUCAAGGAUGCAAUUCGUCUCACUCUCGGCUACCUCAGAGAUCCAAAAUGGAAUGCUACGGUCAACCCAUAUAACACCGAAUGGCCUGACAACUUCAAAAGUGGAUCAUGCACAUCAUUGUUUCAAUUCUCUUCGACAAUCUUUACAAUGUUUCUCGGAUGUUACGCCACAAGUUUUUCAAUAUCACCCAGAUAG